AUGUCAAAUCCAACAGCAGCGGCAGCAGUUUCUUCUGCAUCAGCAUCUUCCGCUUCUUUUAAUAUUCCACAAAUUAAUAAACCAUUAAAAGCACUAGGUGAUGACAUAUGGACUAAUAAAACGGCAAAAAUUAAUGCAGAAUUAUUUACUUUAACUUAUGGCUCAAUUGUAGCACAAUUAUGUCAUGAUUACAAACGUGAUUUUAAAAGAGUAAAUGAAAAAUUAUUUCAAAUGGGAUACAAUAUUGGGAACAGAAUAAUUGAAGAUUUCUUGGCUAGAACUGCAUUACCAAGGUGUUAUACUUUAGAGACUAUGGGUGAAGUUCUAAGUAAAGUGGCAUUUAAAAUUUUUUUAAACAUUACACCCAAAUAUAAAAUAUCCAAUAAUAAUAAUGACUUAAUUCUAACAUUGGGGGAAAAUCCCUUAAGUGAUUUUGUAGAAUUACCUUCAGAUGCAAUGAAAGAUUUAUGGUAUUCUAACAUUUUAUGUGGUGUUCUAAAAGGUGCUUUGGAAAUGGUUCAGUUAGAUUGUCAAGUUGAAUUCCUAAGUGAUAUGCUGAGAGGAGAUUCAAGCACAGAAAUUAGAAUAUUUUCAUUGAAAUUGUUAAAGGAUGAAAUACCUGCUGGUGAAGAUUAA